CUGACCAUGCGCCAGCGCAUCUGGGCGCUAUUUCUUCUUGCCUUCGUUAUCGCAGGAAUCCAUCUGAAGCUGGCUUCGGCAGUAAAGCUGCAGGAACUUUACAAGGUGAAUCCCAGGAAAGAACAAGUGCAAUCCUUGGAGAAACAGUUACUUAAUAUGCUCGGUCUAGAAUCGAGGCCGCAACCUAAGCGAAAUCUCCCAUUAUCAGAUUAUGUAAAGAAUGUAUACCGCAGAAGAGGUUAUCUAAAGCGAGGACCCGCCAAUUCCAAUACCAUCAGAUGGCUUAGAAGUCAUGAGUCUGCUUUGGGGAAUAACUGCGAUCAACAAAGGGUCCGGUUCAGUUUCGACCUACGGCAACUACCACAGAACGAAGAAAUUUUAGCCGCCGAACUAGUCGUCUAUCGUGAAGAAUUCCCACACUCGGGUAAACCACCCAUUAACAGGAUACAGGUACAUGAUGUGAUUCGUCCUGCAACCCAUAAAACGAACUCAAUCCAGAGGUUGCUCGAUACUAAAGUUUUCAGGAGCUCAAAAAAUGGAAGUUGGGAGAGGUUUGAUGUCCUUCCCGCCAUUCAAAGGUGGCGUUCCGAACCAACAGAAAAUUAUGGACUAUUUGUUGAGUUAGUAAGUUCAUUAAAUGCGACCAAGCCUCAGAAUGUGAGACUAAGGCGUUCCAUUGGAGAGGACCACGAACAUUGGUCGAAAUUUGAACCUUUACUGGUCAUUUAUACCAGAGAUCCAGAUGCAUUAGCUGCCCCAUUUUCCAGGACUAAACGCAGUACACGUAAGCAUAGGCGGAAAGGCCGUAAAGAUAACUGCCGUCGACAUGCGUUGUACGUGGAUUUCAGCGAUGUCGGUUGGAACGAUUGGAUUAUAGCACCACCUGGGUACAAUGCAUAUUACUGCCAUGGGGAUUGUCCUUUUCCUUUGCCAGAUCAUUUGAAUUCCACUAAUCAUGCCAUUGUGCAGACACUGGUAAAUUCAGCUAAUCCAGCGGCAGUUCCUCGUCCUUGCUGCGUGCCGACAGAAUUGUCUCCCAUAUCCAUGCUUUACAGAGACAAGUAUGAAAAUGUAGUUCUGAAAAACUAUCAAGAUAUGGUUGUAGAAGGAUGUGGUUGUCGCUGAAACCAGCUAUCUGGUGCUCCGGCGGAGUAUGAUAAUUAUUCAAAAAUAAUUCCUCAUCAAGCCUUGAAUGGCGAAUAUAGGCAGCUUGAACCCGACUUGUGGUCUUCCAUGCUGUAGCACUCCGAACGUGUCAUUUGCAAACGAAUUUCUGAGAAGAUAGUGUUAUAGGCAAGACGAGUCAUUAUAUUUUUUGAUGAAGAAAGGUUCAUGGGCAUUUGAUUUUCAUGCCCAGAGCAUGAGAUCUUACUAUUUUAUAAUAAUCUGUAUAAGCCGCACUUUUGAUAUUCAUGCAUUAUUAAGUUUUCGCUUUUAUAAGCAAAGUAUAUUCUUUGCCUGACUUUUUUAUAAUCUUUAAUUUACUGUUUUCAUGUAAUUAUUUAAAUUUAAUUAUUAUUCCCAUCAUAUCAAAAAUUUAAUAGUAGAUGAAAUUUCAAUGUAGUAAUAAUUAACCAAAUUUUCACUGUAAUAUAUUAAGAAAAUUUAGUAAGAAUAUUAGGAGAUAAACUUAAUGCGCUUUAAUAAACGUGUGUGUGUGUGUGUGUGAUUAUGGGAAAGCCUCGAGGGCUAUCUGCCUAAGAGGAGGGAU